AUGGCUAUCCGGGGCCAACGCUUCGAACUGGAUCUGGACGCAGACGACUUCACGGUGAGGCCUCUCGAUGAAGAAUCCUCGUCGGUUCUGAACACUCCCUUCUCUGUCAAAGAGAUCCAAGAGCACGAAUCGGACACUUCACCCGCUGCACCUUCUCUCAAAUCCUCCAAGUCCGGCUUUCCUGAGCACAAACCGCGUCGAAAUGUCUCGGCGUUCAAGAAGAGACAGCAAGCAGGACAUCUGCCCGAUCGACCGCCCGCCUCCUCGCAUGUCGAACCCUCCGACACGGCCAUUAGACAUCACGUGGGCAAGAAAUAUGGCGUGGAUUUAGGAAGCCCGUCAAAGGCCGAAAUCAGUGAGGAAAAUAAGAGGCGUAUUGCGGAAAUGUCGAUCGAGGAUAUUGAAGAAGCCCGAGCCGAAUUGAUGCAGAACCUGAACCCGGCCUUCCUCGACCGUCUUCUGAAACGGGCCAAUAUUGAUGAAGAUCAACAAGAUCAGGCGCAGUGGCCGGAGGACGAUGCAGAAGAGACAGGGGAAACCGACGAUUCUCGAAAUACGGCCGCCACCACCUCGAACUUGUCCGAGGCCGCUGCCAUGUCGGCUCAGAGUAACGAUGCCAGACCCGCCAUACAUUUCCCUGUUCCUCCGCGAUCAGCAGACGACUAUGUCCCCUUAGAUUCAGAUGAUCCCUCCUUCCUAUCCGAUCUCCGAUCCCACUACUUCCCGGAUACCCCACACGAUGUCUCUUCGCUGAACUGGCUCCAGGAUCCAACGGAAGAAGAAAACCAGGCAUCAUUCUACAAUCCGGAAAAGGAGUCUUUUCUCGCCUCAGCUCUACGAUUUGGCUUCGAUGGCCGUCUAAUACCGCCUAGGCAAAGCUUAGAGAUUGAUGUGAAGAAGGGUCUCCAUCACCAUGGUGACGCUCCGAGCAGCGCUGGAUACACCAUACUCGAACUAGCCAUGCUAGCACGAUCGACCCUCCCCAACCAACGGUGCAUGGCUUACCAGACAUUGGGCCGAAUUUUAUACAGGCUGGGAAGGGGAGACUUCGGUUCUCGAGGAAGCGAACUCCCAGAGGCGCUGUGGUCCGUGAUCGAAAAAGAGAGGCCCAUUGAAGUCAUGAUGAGUGAGGCCAAUCGCCAAUCAGGACAUGCCAGUGCCAAAGCGUAUGCCAUUGAAGCAUUAUGGCUAUGGAGGAAAGGAGGAGGAGGGGACAGAGGUGUUUUGAAACCAAGCCAGAACCGGGCGAAAUGA